AUGGUGGUAGCUGAACAGAUGAGGAGAAAUGGUGGUUACAGAGCGUUGGGAAGUUUCAGCCUCCAAGUAAUUACUGGAAGAUGGUUCAUGGUACUUGCCUCCAACCUAAUCAUGGCCAUGGCUGGAGCUACUUAUAUGUUUGGUCUGUACUCAGGAGUGAUCAAAGAUUCACUUGGAUACGAUCAAACAACUUUGAAUUUGAUCAGUUUCUUCAAGGACUUGGGUGGAAACGUUGGGAUCAUUUCAGGGCUGAUCAAUGAAGUCACACCUCCUUGGGUGGUCCUCCUCAUAGGCGCCGUAAUGAACUUCAUCGGAUACUUCAUGAUGUGGUUAGCGGUAACAAGCCGGAUCGCGAAGCCGCCCGUGUGGCAGAUGUGCUUCUACAUCUGCGUUGCGGCGAGUUCUCAAGCGUUCGCCAACACCGGCGCAUUAGUCACCUGCGUUAAGAACUUCCCGGAGAGCCGAGGCGUGGUUCUAGGCCUUUUGAAGGGAUUUGUAGGCCUUAGUGGAGCAAUACUCACUCAGCUGUUUCAUGCUUUUUACGGCUAUGAUGGAAAGUCUCUUAUUUUCCUCAUCGGAUGGCUUCCGGCCGCUGUUUCCAUCGUUUUUCUCCGCACAAUUCGAAUUAUGAAGGUCGUCAGACAAACUAAUGAGCUCAGUGUUUUCUACAAUCUUCUCUACGUAUCCCUUUCUCUCGCCGGUUUUCUUAUGAUCAUGAUUAUCAUUCAAAGCAAGGUUCAUUUUCCUAAAACAGCAUUCGCAGGAAGUGCUACAGUUGUGCUUCUUUUACUCUUACUCGCACCCCUGCUUCUUGUUAUAAUGGAAGAGUUCAAACUUUGGAAAACCAAGCAGCAACAAUUCUUAUAUGCAGAUCAAAACCCACAAUCAGUUAUUGGAUUAGCUGCUCUGCAACCAGAAGCAGAGAAAUCUUCACCAGAACCAGCUGAAAGCAAUAAUAACACAACAAUUGCUCCACAGAUUCAGGAAAAACAGGAUUCAUGCUGGAGCAACAUAUUCAAGCCACCAAAAAGAGGGGAUGAUUAUACCAUACUGCAAGCAAUUUUCAGCAUAGACAUGAUCACUCUGUUCACCGCCACAACAUUCGGAAUCGGAGGAACUUUGACAGCAAUUGACAACUUGGGUCAAAUCGGAAGUUCAUUAGGCUACCCGGCCAAGAGCAUCUCAACUUUUAUCUCACUUGUCAGCAUAUGGAAUUACCUGGGACGCGUGACAUCCGGAUUUGCUUCCGAAAUUCUGUUGGCAAAGUACAAAUUCCCACGUCCUUUGAUGAUGACUUUAGUGCUUCUUCUCUCUUGUUCAGGCCAUCUUCUCAUUGCAUUUGGAUUACCAAAUUCUCUGUACGCAGCCUCGGUGAUAAUGGGUUUCUGCUUCGGAGCUCUGUGGCCAUUAGUAUUCGCCAUAAUCUCCGAGUUGUUUGGCCUGAAAUACUACUCCACGCUGUACAAUCUCGGCGGCGGAGCUAGCCCAGUUGGCGUUUACGUACUAAAUGUCAGAAUCGCCGGUUAUUUCUACGACAAAGAAGCUCUGAGGCAAAUGGCGGCGAAGGGAUUGGUCAGAAAAGCAGGGGAAAGUUUAACGUGCAUUGGGGUAGACUGUUACAAAAUAGCUUUUCUGAUCAUCGCCGGAGCCACCUUGUUUGGAUGCAUCGUUUCAUUAAUCUUGGUGUUCCGAACAAGGGGGUUUUACAGAGGUGAUAUUUAUAAGAAGUUCAGAGAGCAAGCAAAUUCAGUGGACCCUGAGACCAGGGGGGAAUUGGAGAUUGAACAUAAAGUUGCAACCUAG